UGAUGCCAGACAUACACUGUAGCAAACUUAACUAAGCAGGACCCCAAGAGUAUACACGAAGACUGAAAUUAAGGAAAACCUAAAAAGAUUUGAAAUACAUUCAAUUAAAGCUUGUCUGUAACUUUGACACAAGUCAUCUUGACUGUACUUGUAAUAUUUUACUAUCUGGACAACCACAGAAUGAGUUCUCUGAAGUUUUUGCUCCUUGCAUUUCUUGUAGAACUGCUACAGGAUGUGAUAAGAACUGCUGUCUUGACUGCUGACCCAGGGGAAGGAGAGGAAUAUGGUCAUUCUUUCAACAGAGGUGACACACUUCCUCCACUGAGACUUGGCCAUCAUAUCUGUGCGCUAAAAGCUGAUGAGGGUCCAUGCAAAGGAAGCAUGGCUCGUUUCUUCUUUAAUGUAUUCACACAACAAUGUGAAGGGUUUGAAUAUGGUGGCUGCAAUGGGAAUGAGAAUAAUUUUGAAAGUACUGAAGAAUGCCAAGAGAAAUGCAUAGUAACAGAUAAAAAGUCGAAGCAAAGACAUCAAUGGCAAGUGCCAUUGCAUUGUUUGGUAGAAGCUAAUCCCGGGCCUUGCAGAGGAUUCUUCACAAAGUAUUUCUACAAUGCAACAACAGGACAGUGUGAAAAGUUUAUGUAUGGAGGAUGUCUGGGAAAUGAAAACAACUUUAUGACUCUGGAAGCAUGUAACAAAAGCUGUAUACCUGACACAAUGCUGACACCAAAAACAGUGCCAGAUGGAGGAAACUUACCAUUAGAAGAUGUGCAGCCUCUUUCAGAGAGAUUACUUACACCACCAAAAAAACCAGAUGAACAUUUCUUCUGUAAGACUCCUGCAGAUCCUGGAAAAUGUUCAGCCAAAGAAAAGCGAUUCUUCUAUAACCCUGCCCUUGACAGAUGCAUGCCUUUCAGAUACACAGGCUGUGGUGGCAAUGAAAACAAUUUCACUUCGAGGAAAAUUUGCAAUAAAGUCUGCAGAAAAGGUGCGCAUAAGAAAAAAGAAAAAAUACCAUCAGGAAAAAAUAUACCAGUGAAAGCGAAGACUAGCAGAAUUGUACAGAUUGAAGCAUAAGGAGAAAUCUUCUGGGAAACAUGACCCUGGGCAUCAUUCCAUACACUCAGAUAUGGGAAACAAACCCUGUGCAGCAUUCCAUACACCCAGAUAUUUUUUAUAACCAUGUUUAGUAGUACUGAUUGUUAACAAGUUGGAAUAUGUAUUUACUACUCUUUUUAUUGGGCCUCAUGGGCCUCUAUUAAAUGUUGUAUAACAGUUGUCUGAUUGUUGUACACUUUUGUAUUAUGAAAAAAGUAAUUGAGAGCUCAGUAUUUCAUUUUAGAUUUAUAAAACUUCACAAGAAUCAAUGUAAAACAUUAUACUUACACACUGAAUUGUACCUGCCAGCAACAUUUUGAAAUCAUAUUAUAAAUGGCUGGUUACCUUGGACUGCUGACUUUUUAACUGCACCACUAAGUGCUGCAUUGUCUGUCUGACAUGGAUGACACUAAGUGAUGCAACAGACAUAUCUUAGAAAGUGUCAUAAAGUUAUUUUUCAUUUCCCUGGGAUUAUAGAUUACAUUUUAAAGUAUCAACCCUGAUCAAGGCCCAUAAUCAUUUUUGUCUUAGACUGUCAGAACACUAGUGCAAAGAAAGCAAUAUAUGUUCUUUAAAACAUUAUGAUUACUCCUGAAUUCCCAUUUUAAUUUAGGACUGCCCAACAACUCAGAGGGAAGAGCUUCUGCCUCAAAGUGCCCGGGCCCAAGGUUCAGUCCUGCUACUAUACAAGUUGAAUGUGUAUGUUAUUCUUAUGGCAGUGUGAGCAGCUCCAGUUUGCAUUGCCUGGCAACUAGAGCAAGAUAAUUAAAGCUAUCAGCUGUUACAAAGAUAAUUAGUGUCAUCCACGUCUUAAUUCCCACAGCAUCCAUUUGCCAGCUCUAUGGUUAUGGCCAAGUCACUUAAAAUGCUCUGAGGCAAAUGAGAAAUUGGACUGAGAUCCUUCAUAUUCUCCAGGACCACAUGUUUAUUAACUAUCUUUGAAUAACAUUAAACAGCAAAGAACAUUAAAUCACUUGUGUGUUGGAA